AUGAAAACGUACUGGUUUUGCAUUUCAUCAUUUUAUUUAUUUGUUUACAUUGUAUCAAAAUGUAAAGAAAUAGAAAAUAAAACCCAUGAACUUUUGGCCGGCUACAAACGGGAUGACAAUUCAGGGAAUUAUGUUAAAAAUAGAGAAGCGGAAGGGAAGCACGAUGUCAAAAUUAAUAACGGUUCUAAUUACAAUGAAUACUCUUUUUUAUCGUUAAAGGGUGGUGCUAUAUUUAACCAGUAUUAUGUGGCCAAGUUAAUCAAUACUAUACUGUAUAAGGGAUUGCUCAUAAAGGGUGAGUUUCACAAGAAUGUUGCCAUUUAUGAGUCUCUCUCUCGUACUAACUACUUCUUCUACCUAACUGUAAUGAAUAAGAAAAAUGUGAAGAACAUUGUCAAAUUAAUAUCUAGAGCACACGAUUCAAGGAAAAAACAUGAUGUGUUCAGGAAACACCUGAUAUCCUACUUUGACAGCCCCCCUUUUCCACUGGACAAUGCUUUUAAAAAUGAAAUGGACCACGCGUUAAUGAUAUACAAGAAGGCGAAAACUGACGCCUACUGGGGCAUGGUGGACGGAUUAAAAAAUGAUGGGCUCCUCCUAGCAAGAACCUUUAUGUCCGUGUCAUUUGUUCAAAGUCUCAGAGGAAUUAUUGGAGUUAUAAAUUACGAAUUGAUAGACCUGUGUUUCUCAAAAGCCUAUCUGUACAACAACAUAGCCACUUUUGAUAAGCUCAUAAUGAAGAACACUUAUGGGAUCAUCAUGUCUUAUGUGUUCAAAUCAUUCUUGUUAUUUUUCUACCCCCUCGUGAUUCCAUUCCGUGGAGCCUUUUCCUUUGCCUUAUCAACCUUCUGCAUUACGCAGCUGAGCCAAAUAGUCUUCCUAAUUUAUAGAAAUAUCAAACGGCUCGUUCGAAUAUCCUACCGAAAGUUGUAUAGCACCAUUUUGAAGUUCAACGUGUUGAAGUUCCCGGAACUGCAGCCUUACGCCUCGAAACUCCUAUACGGAGACGCCUUAAUCUUAGUGUCGAAAAUUUGGAAAUUAUCUUACGUAAAUGUCACGGAGCAUUUGACCGGAAAAAACUUAACCCCCAUUUUGAACAACUUGCUUGACAAAAACCUUGGCACGGGCUUCUUUGAGUUCAGUAAUGCGCUCUUUAAAUAUGUCAUAGAUUCCAUGGAGGGCAUGAAGUUGAUAAGUACCAAAGAAGCGGACCUGGAUAAGGAACCACAGUACAAUACGCAGACGUUCAAGAGGAUUCUGAUGAUCCUGAAAAUCACGAGAAAAGUGCUUUACUAUGAAGAGUCGUACAUGCGAUUAGCCGUGGCUAAUAUUCUGACAAAAAUUUACACGCUACUCUUCGUGAACGUAAAUUAUAUCAGUAAAAUGCCCCCCAAGGAAUUUUUUCACGCUGAUGUUGAGUCAGAAUUUAGAUACAUCUAUGAGGAUCAAAUGUAUGAAAUGUUCUUACAAAGAAUCUCUUCUGAUAUGGUUAGAAAGCCAUUUAUAAAAAGAAACAUUAAAAGAAUCAAUAGAGGUUGCAUAGAAUUUACUCUUUCCCUAAUCAAGAUAAAACUUCUCCACUAUAAGCCAUCCCUAAAGUUCCCUUACGCCAGCUUAUACUUCGAUGAGCCUUUAAAAAAGCAGUUAAACGCUUCCAUGAAAUUGAUCAUUGUAGGAUCAACAGGAAUUAUAGCAAAUCUUGUAAAUUACGGAGAAAAGUAUGAUAUACUUAAAAAAUGUCCCCUAGAAAUAGCGAAAAAUUUGAACCAGACAUGUAAUUACAGCACGUUUGAUGUAAAAAAAAUGCUCUUUCCAUUGAACAUUUUUAUCAAUCUGUUAAUUCCUCUCUUCUUAAAUUACAACGAUAUUAUGAUAAACAAAGAUAUAAUAGAAUAUAUCGUAAGUUUUUUUAAGGUCAUUUUGGACUCUAAAGAUUUAUACCUUUAUCAAUACUUAAAAAAUGUGGUAGACACUAUGAAAAAAACGGAAGAUAUAAAUGUGCCAGAAAUAAAUUACGACGAAGAAAUUGAUAAAGUUGUGUUAGACGAAAUUCAUAAAGUUAUAGAAGAAGUAAAUAAUGAAAAAACCAGUUCUCUAGUUUUUAAUAAUUAUUCCAUGAAAAAUAACGAACUGUAUCUCCACAAUAAAGAGGGAAAAUUGUUUAAAUUCCUCUUCAAGGAUAAUUACAAUAAAGAUUCCUUUUCUACUCUUGUCCACAUGCACGAUUAUAGAAACCCUUUAUCCUUUCAAGUUCCAUUAGUCAAAUUUGAGCCUUCCAACAGGAACGAUGGAAUUUUAAUUGUAGGCUCAUUUUUUGAUAAAUUUGAAGGAAAAUUGACCAGAUGCUAUAUGUGCCUAAAGGAGGACGACGAUAUUUUGGUUGUCGACUUGAUUCAUCACGUCCUAUGGGCGUCAGGGGUCGACCGAUUUAGCGCCUACAUUCUGUCCUCAAUGAUUGGAGCCGUCAAACAAUACUUCCAUCGCGGAGUCUCCUGGAACAGAGCACUUGUAAACAUGGUUCCCACCGAGUUCUAUGAAGUGCACAGAAUGUUCAUGGAAACGACCCCUCAGCCAAAAGACAGGGCUGAAAACAUAUUUAUAAGGCGAAUCAAAAAAUAUAGGUUCAAUCUAAACCAUAGAACCUUCUCCAAAAUGUUUAAAAUAUUUUUGGAAAAUGUGCUGAAUAAGGCAAACUUCUUCAAAACGGAUGAGGCAUCAAUCAUUGUGAUCAUGUCAGCAUUAUAUGCUCUCUACAAAAACGUUGAAAAGCACGAAAUUCCUACAAGUGAAACGUACAAGCUGUAUCAGCAAAAACUUAUAGAGGCCUACUACCCGGUUAAAUACUACGCCCACAACUAUGAGUCGUACACCAUGAACUUGCUCAAGGAGAAGGAAAAGGAGUAUGACAUGGAACACAAAAAUGAAGGCGAAAAUAAGAAUGAUGAGCAUAAGAAGGAUGGAACGCCGAGUCCCUCCGAUGAAACAGAUGGUACAGAAGCGGAAGGGUCUCCAAAAUCCCAGAAAGAGGAUGUGCAGAUCGAACUGCCCAUAGACGACGAGCUUGUGCAAAACACUAAGGCCCUGCAGCAAGAAGCAGAAGCGAGGGAAGAAGAGAGGAACAAAAUUAUAGAACAAAUAGAAAAAAAGCAUGGCCAAAUGCCAAAUAAGGAAAACUUCCCCCAUUUGCCCACAAAAUGUUUGUUCCUUCUGUACUACGAUUUCGAUCCCUUUAUUAAAGACAAUGUAAGAGGUAUACAACACGUGUCCAACAAUUUAAACGGAAGUACCAUCGAUAUUAAGAACCUAAGGAAUACAGAUCUUAUGCAGACGGAGAACACGCAGUAUGCAUCAAUUGAUCACAAAAAUCUCAUAAAAAUAUUAUGCGGUACGUAUUUAUUUUUGAAAAAGGAAAAUAUUGCCAUUGAACAUAUGUUCAAAUACAGUUAUGCGAAUGAUGCUGUGAAGCACUUGCUCAUAAUUAUGUCCUUGCUCAGAAUAGAGAAAAAAAAUAACCGACUCUCCUGGAAAAAAUUCCUAACUUUGGAAAAAUUCAUAGAUGAAAGGCAACAUGUUUAUAAAACGCCCAUGAAAUAUCUGUACUUGAAACUGUUAAAUGUGAAGAGGGUUUUUGCCUUCACACGCAGAAAGUUGCUAAUGUCCUUGGGAAAGAAAAUUAGGGGAAGCAGAAUGAUGAGAAUAUUAAGAUUCAUAAAAUUCUUCGAGAUUUUAGAAAGCGCAGAAAAUAUUAAUUCUAUAUACCCACUCAUCUAUAUCAAAUUUGAAGACAUAAUGAUGUUCUCUAAUGUGUUCCAGAAAUUUAAAUUUCCUAUUAUAAGAUACACUUCCAGCCAAGAAACGGUACGAACCAUGUUGAACAAUUUCAAGCUGUCUCCAAACACUUCAAUAAAUAAUGAACAAAUUAUACUGCGAAUUUACAGAAUUGUUAAUUUAAUAAUAAAGAAAAAGUAUAAUUACGAUUUAAAUGAACUUAGAAAAGACAAAAAAUACUUCCAUGUGCAAACACAAAAUAAAAGUGAGCAUAUACUAAAUGAUAUAAAGUGGAAGCCAAUAGUAGAUCAGUAUCUAUCUCAGCUAAUUGGAUUCAUAAAGAUGUUAACAGAUAUGAGAUUUACCAACUUUGUAUUUUUGAGAAAUUUUUACGUUUUUAUAAAAAUCUAUGCAGUAACGGGAGAUUUAAAUUAUUCUAUGAACAGCUCAGUCUUCUACCUGGCCAGCAGAAAUUACUUAAACUUUAUCCUUAACGCUAUCAUCGAAUUUGAAAACUUUAAAAACUUUAUAGAAAAAAUAAAAAGAAAUAACGACAUCAAGAAGUACCCGAUCGACCAUUUCAACUUCCACACGGAAUGCUACGCAGUGGAUGAUAUAAAAACCUAUACUUUUAUCCCCCAAAAUAAUGAAAAAUUAGACAAAUACUAUCAAAUUAUGGCUUAUGACAUUAACGUGUUCUACAAGAACUACUUAUUAAUAGACUUAUUUUACGACGACUUUGAUAUUAAAAAUUUAGACACCUAUUACCAAAAAAUUGAUAAUGCUACUGAUUACGGUAACGGUCCCACGUCAGACAUGUACAUCCCUGGUGGAAGAAAAAGAAAUCGAGUUAUUUCAAACAACGAGGUUGAAAUGAUAAAUAAAAUGUUGCAGAAUUAUAUUUAUCUAGAAAAAUUUCUGGACAAGACUAAUAUCCCGUCCAUCCCAUUUACCGAUUUUAGAGUCGCGCAAGGCGCAAAUGGACUCAGUUUUAAUUUCACCAACAGAGCUACGACGCCACCUUUUUAUAAAGAAAAUAUUCUAGACCAAUUUGAUAUUAUCGGAAAAUCUAUAGUAGGCAAAUAUUACCAAAAGGUUAAGUGCUCUUUUGUCACCUACCCUUUUAAUUUAUACUACUGGUUUGUCUUGAAUCCAGGCAAACCUCGCGUAGAAACGGUAGGUAACAUCGGACUGAUCAAGGAAGCAGAUUUAUUGUCCAAAACGGAUGAAGAAAAGGAGUUAGAACAGCAAAAGAUAGAUGAACAGCUAGUAGAGGAUCUCUUUAAGAAAGAAGUCGAAAAGGACGAAGAUAUCAUGGAACAGGAAGAAUAUUUGGAGGAUACAUCCGCAUCGGAAGCAGAUCUCACAGACACAGAAUUCGAGGGCGAUCUUCUGAACGUUGGAAAGAAUUCCAAGGCGGAUCAAGACACCCUAUCCCAUGUGAGCUCCGCUUCUGAUGUGUCUACCGGAUCGUUCCAAAGCGUCGCCAGUACCAUCCCUGACGCGUCCACAUCUACUCUAGGACGUGCCGCCUCCCACGCUUCCACCUCCACUCUCGGACGUGCCGCUUCCAACGCGUCGACCACAACCCUCCAAAGUAACAAAUCAGGAGGAAGCACCAUCUCAGGCUCAACAAGAUCGGUCAACUUCCUACAAACGGCCAUAAAGGAACAUACCGAUUGGGAACAAGGAAAUGUCCAAGUGACAAAAGAAUCAGAAAGGAAAAACAAGUCCAAUCAAACAAACGGUCUAAGCUUCCUACAAAGAAGAGAAAUGAAUCCACUCCCACUUAUAGACACCAUGAUACAUGAAAGAAGUAAUAACAUGAGUACAGAAAACUAUGGAUAUUUUAACAGACCAUACAACAUGUUUGUUAAUAAGGCAAAUUUAUUUAGAAAUUUCAGCGUCAUAAUGAAAAUUGUACAUACCAUAAUUUCGUUAAACAAAUUUUCUGUUGUUUCUCCGGUGGAGAUAAUCAAAAAGGGACUCACCAUUAUGAGGGGGAAAAAUAAAUUUUUAAGAAACCAGCAUUUAAAUCCAUUUAUCAAUAAAAUGCUGCUCGACAUUAACGAAGCAAUUCAGAAGCUUAAGUCAAGUAGCGAAAAAGGAUUUAUAGGAUCCAGAACGGAUAUCAUAUCUCUAUACAGAAUUGUCGAAUUUCAGCUAUUUAAUGAUUUUCUAAUUUAUCCACCAUUGAAAAGAUUGACAGACAGGGAACUCCGUUAUGUGUUACAAGUUAUUAACGAAGGCUAUGCUUUCCACAUAAUGGAGGUAAAGUCCAAAUUAAAGAGAGAACUUAUCGUGAAGGAUAAAAUUGUACGUCAUCUAAACACACUUAAAGAGUACAGAAAUCUAUUUGACGAUACAGCCAUAGAUAGACUUGUGCAAAUGUUCCAAGAAUCAAUAGAUUGUAGAGAUAUAAAAUGCUUCGAUCUCCUCUUCAACAACUUCAUUACACAUCGUUACAAUAACAUAAUAAUGUACAUAACCAACAGAGGUGAAGCAUUUAAUGUACUAGCACAAAUAUUUAAAAAUCCUACAGCAUUGGCCGAGGUACGCUUACAGGUACAUGAAACUUAUAUCGAACCAUCCAGGAGACAAAAUAUAUAUGAAAAUUUUCAACUUGAAAAUAAUUCAGUUUUCCACCCAAAAUUAACAUAUAACGAAUUACUAUUCAGUUCACUUGAGUUACCUAAAAAAAUUGAAAUAUGGAAUUCUAUGUAUACAUUAUUUAACAUAAGACAUAUAUAUAUCAAUAUUGGUUACUUUCUCCUUGGUGUUAAGUAUCGUAUUAAGCGAUACUACAGGGUUUUUCGUCAUACUUUUAAGUUCCUUGGAUGGCUCAGGAAAAAUAGAAAUGAUAAUCUAUACAUUCCAUAA